UUAUAUUUUAGUUUAUUUUGUUUGUUUUUUGUCAUGGUUUAGAGAACUGGCUUUAGGACCCACCAGACCACCUCCUCGUCGCCUCUUUGUCUCGGAGCCUCCUCCUCCUGUCGGUCCUCUCCGGGUUUUAGUCCGGGUCUCUCUCCAUCAGCAGCGGGCUGGAUGCUCACAGGGACACAAACAUGGCCGUGAAUCUCGCCAAGAACAGACUGGUCCUGCUGACCGCCUACCAGGACGUCAUUGACGAGACCUCUGAGACCGACUGGGCCCUGUACACCUACGAGGAUGACAGUAACGACCUGACGCUCUCCUCAUCCGGAGGAGGUGGUCUGGCAGAGAUCACGCUGACCUUCGACCACAGCAAGGUGAUGUACGGGUUCUGCAGCCUGAAGGAGCCCGCCUUCGCCGCCGCCCUGCCGCGCUACAUCCUCAUCAACUGGGUUGGAGAGGACGUCGCAGAUGCCAGGAAGUGCGCCUGUGCCAGUCAUGUCGCCACCGUUGCCGACUUCUUCCAGGGGGUGGAGGUCAUUAUCAACGCCAGCAGUCUGGACGACAUCGACCCGUUGGCCAUUGGGCAGCGGCUGACCAAUGGGACGGCGGCUGUGGCGAGCCCGGUUCUGAGUCGCCUCAAAACCCGAGAAGAAGAGCAUGCCGACGUGGGAACUGUGUACCAGAGAACCAACGCAGAGGUGGAGAUGAAGAAAAUCAAUAGAGAGGAGUUCUGGGAGCAGGCCAAGCGCGAAGAGGAGCUGAGGAAGGAGGAGGAGAAGAAGAAGGCCGCAGAGGAGCGGCAGCGUUUCGAGGAGGAGCGAAUGGAGCUGGAGAGGAAGGAGCAGGAGAACCGAGAGGUGAGGUACCGCGAGAGGGAGCGGCAAAUCGAGGAGCACAGGAAGAAGAUGCAGGAGGAAGAGGAGGCCAAAGAAAGGUUGCGGAACCAGACGGCCAUAGCGUCUGAGCCGAGCAUCGAGGACCUUCAGCUGGACAAGAAGGAGUCGGAGGUGGAGGAAGCGAAGGCCAUCAUCGCCCAGCGCUCAGGAAACCCCCGAGAGUUCUUCAAGCAGAAGGAGCGAGCGAUGACCAUCAGCGUGGACACCUCGCCGCUCUCCGUCCACCGGACCGGCCGUUUGGACAGCCCCUUCUUGAGGCGGCAGCACAAUGCCAGCAGCCCCGGUACAGCCACCCCGCCCCGAGGCUCCUCCCCCCUCCGCACCCCGCCUCACAAACGAACACAGCCCGCCGCCGCCGCAGCUGGGGACGACGACGACGACGAUGAUGAUGCUGAUGAAGCGAGCACAGAGUGCAACAUGGCUGCCGUCUCACCCAUUCCUAAAAUAGUCACCACACCAAUCAAAGAGGACCUGAGUCGGGAGGACGAGGACUGCAGAGACGAAUGGGAUUCGGUGCCACAGUCGGAGCAGAACCGACCCGUCCAGGAGUCCACGUCCACCAAGCCCGUGCAGAGUGUCGUCCCCGAGGCCCGCGACCCCCCCGGCUUCUCUGCGUGGAACUCCCAGACAGAAAACCUGGUGGACCUGUGGGACAGCGGCUCCGCCCCUGCCGACGACCCCGCCCGAACCACCCAGACCUCCCUGUCCUCUAACCUGGUGGACCUGAUGGGAGACUCGGACGUGCUCCACGACGAGGUCCCGCCCAGCRGCGCCGCUGGCAGCGGCCGGCCUCAGCCCCUCCUCAGCUUCGACGAGAUGAUAGACGGCAGCUUCUGCUCGGCCACCGGUGCCGAGGACAACCCAUCCAGUCUGGUGGACGUGACGGGCUCUGACCAGAUGACCCUCAGCUACCAGCAUGCACUGCAGCACGCCUCCGGGGACGGGCGGGACCUGGAUGACGGACAGCUGCUGAUGACCAACGGGGAGACGCUGCUGAAGGAAGGAACUCAGGCGAGUGAGGGAUACUUCAGCCAAUCACAGGAGGAAGAGUUCGGCCAAUCAGAGGAGUCUUCAGCUAAACCAGCACCAAUUUUUUAUAACAAGCCACCAGAGAUCGACAUCACAUGUUGGGACACGGACCCCGUGGUGGACGAUGACGAAGACUGACUCUGAUUUCAUGACCGGAUUGAGAGGAAGUAUCUGCACCAUGAAGAAACGGGGUUUUUCUUUCUAAAAAAAUACAAMCAAAACAACAACAAAAAAAAUCUUAUUAACAAUAAGUCUUGCAUCAAUACUACUUCUGUAUCAUCUUUUAGAGGAACCAGUAGCCUGAGCUGUGAAAAGCUCAGAUCUGAUUUCUUUUUCUGUGUGUUUAUUUAUUUGUUUGGGGAUUUUUUUUCUAUGCAGAUGUAACAGCUGGGGUUUUAUUUGUGUACGAGUGAUUCCAUGUAGCGCACCGCUGCAUAUUAGAGACAAUGGAGCUGGGUGUGCGGUUAGUUCGUAGUGCUUAAUAACACGAUAAGAAAUCAGAACAGCUGCCAUGUUUGAUCACUUUCUCCUUCUGCCUUUAAACCUGCGAAUAAACACCUCUGAGAGUCGGCUAAUCUUGUAUUUAGACCUCAUUGUCAUGAAGAAAAUGGAAUAUUUUAUUUAUUCUAUUCAAACAGAUCUGUGGCGCCUUUUUGACCUUUUUUCACUCCCGCUGUAUGAUUUUCAAACUGAGUUCAAAAUUAAAUGGCUUUUUUUCUUUUUUCCAGUGCACUUUUAUUCUUUCUCUGCUUGGUUUUCAGCACCACUGUUAUUUGCCUUUAAGUUCACCAGCUGUGUAUUUAUACAAGCAGAAACCAGAUUUACUGUAGAUAUUUUUCCAGUUUUUUAGGAUAGUUUGGUGUGGAACGGCAAUAAAUGUGUAAAUUUGCUUAUUUUGGGGAUUUAUUUUCCCUAAAAGACAGAAAAUAUAAGAAGUUUCUGUCCUGAGUUUUCUGUACAUGAAGGUUUUAAAAAACAUAAUUUUAAGUUAACUUUUUGUGUUUUUGGUGUUUUUGCCCCUGGAAGUUCAGUCAUAAUGUCAUGCACCUGUGUGUUUUAUCCUUAAAAGUGAAUUAUAUCUAAGKUUCACCUGUCAUAUCCAGUUUUAUUUAAAAAAAUGAUGAGAUAAACCAAAAACAAAUUAAAUGGAAAUUCUGUAGGAAAUGAUGGCUGUUUAGAGACGAUGUAAUGAAAAACCCCUGAAUUUUUAUUAUUUUUAUUUUUUUAAAGUUGUAAGUUAAGAAAUAUCUUCAGGUAAAUGAAACUCUGACAGUCAUGGUUUGACCACCAAAGACGGGAUACCUGUCACUCAUAACGCUGCUUUAAAACAACCGUUAGCAACAAGCUACGGUUUGAUGCUAAUUUAUACAACUAAAAAUAUUAUACGAAUAAAAAUGUUCAGACAUAAAGUUAGAAAACAAUAAGACAAACUCAUCAAACUCUGAGAAAUAAUGUUCAAUAAAGAUGAUCAAUAAGACCAUGUUCUUAAAUAAAYAGGUCAGAAAAUAACUCAAACUACAACAACUUAAGCAUCCUAAUUAAAUGUGCUUUUAUCCUAAAACGUUCAGGGGAUGAUUUAAUGCUGGCAUUAAUAAAAUACGCGUUAGCUAACCUGGUUAAUUAGCUAAUCUGACCUGAAAACCAGGUAGUUUUUCUAAAUUAACCUGGUUUAAUUAAAGUCAUCUUCCUGCUGUUUGUGCCCAUCAGAGGAAUAUUUCACUCUUUGUUUUUUAAGUGUUUGGUUGAUUAUAAAAACCAAGCAGAGCUUGUUUUUUUUUUUUUUUUUUUUUUUGGAAAUACCUGAAUAUAAACGAGUUGGAGUUGAUUACCGGGACCUGUUUUAAUUUUAGAUAUUGGCAACAAGAGUGUUGGUGUGUUUGCUGUCCACCUGUAGACAAUAAAAAGGCAAUGAGAGCA